GUUUAGUGUUUCCUCGUUUUUGGUGGGGGAUAGGUACCCAAAAUAACCCGCAAUAAGUGAAAAUGACUUAGAGCUAAACAUAACACGUAACUUAAAAUUGUCAUUUCCAAAUACCCGCAAGGAAUGCUAGGUAGUCCAGCAGCAACAAUAUGAAUAUAAAAUAUUGGAUAUAAGAGUAUGUUAACUCCUUGUUUACUUCUCUGACGACCUCAACAUAUUUUGCAAUCAAGCAAAAAUGCGACAAACACGGCAAAAUUUACCACAAGCUACCCAGCAUACCAUGCAACAGGAAUAUAUGGGUGUUUUUUGGCAUGGGUAUUGUGCCAAGAUAUUUAUUUGUAUGUUCACAUGGUGCCGCAGGUAGGUUACUUUGUGUGUCGUGUGUGCUGAUGUUUUGUGUUGUUUGGAUGGCUUUUUUUUGUACAAGCUCCAGAUUGUCUAUUGACUAUUUUGGCAGCUCCAGCGUGCCACAAUAGCACUGCAAGUCGUGUUGCCAGCUACAGUUUCAAUGUUAAAGGGUUAAAAAAAAAAGAAUUCUGAGAUGCCCGGUGGGCCAGAUUAAUGCGCCUGAUGUGGCCCACGGGCCGCAGUUUGCCCACCAAUAUAUUUUAUGCACUUCUCUCAGGUAAGAACAUUUUCUCACACUUCUCUCUUGUUUAUAAACACUCUGAAAGUUCACAUUUUGAAAUUUUAUUAUCAACCUACUAGGUUGGACACAAGAAAUGAUUAAGUGACUCGUGCAAAUUUCACUCCUCUGACCGUACUUUGACCUGGCACUGUUCGACUAGCGUUUUUGUAUCCUUGUUAAAACAUAUCGCUCCUGUCGUAUUUACCCCACACGGUUAGCUGCUUGUGUUUCUUCUCUUUACAGUAUUGAUGUUUAGCAAUCAGCUCACAAGGUUAGCUAGUUUGGUAGCCAGGACCACAAUAGGAGAUUCCAGUGACAAUGGGCUGCAGCCAAUCAGGACACAGAAGACAAUGGGCAGUACAGACAGAAGAGAGAAUAGAGACCGCCGCCUGUGCUAAAGCACAGAACUGCCAACACUGCACUGGCCCCAAUGCAAUUCUUAAAGGGCCAACUGUAAACACAUUUUUUUAAGUCUGCAAAAGGUGAACUGCGAUGGAGCGAGGGAACACUGUAAUGUAAAAUCAAAAGUGUAAUUGAUUACGUUUGUCUUUUUUUUUAAUAUAUAAGAAUGUAAGAUUACACAUUAUUAUGGUGAAAUCGUUUUUUCAGUUCUUCUUUGCUCAUUUUAUUAAGACAAAACGUGCUGUUUUCAUAAAUCAAAAUUUAUAAAUUUUACAUGUUGCGCCAAUAUGUUCAAACCUUGAAAACAGUAGUUUUAAAAAUGUUGUUAUUCAGAAAUAACGUUUAUGCAGUUGGUCUUGUAGUUGUGAGAUGACCUGUGGUCUGUGAACGCCUCUAGAAUGGGGGGGGUGCGCGGCUAGUCGUGUCUUGUUAGCCGUCCGGCUGUCAGUCAUGUGACUUUCUCCUCAGAUUUUACUGCGAAGAAUAUGACAAACAUCCACUAAGGCUCCAGUCCCUCGUUUUCUUUUUCUUCUUCUACUUCUUCUUCUUGUGGAAGCGAAGCAAAGCUGGCCGGGCAGCAGCAGCAGCAUUUGGAGAGGCAGCCUCCGCCCUGGACGGACGAGCUGGCUGACAUGUCCCGGCACAUCUACAGCAGACACGGCCCGGGAGAUGGAGGCAUCAAGCCCGCCUUUCAGGUCAAUCGUGGGACGUACUCAAGAAGGAGUCGACUGAAGAGAUCAGAUGGCAGCACGACGUCCACCAGCUUCAUCCUCAGACAAGGGUCUGCCGACUCUUACACCAGCCGACCCUCAGACUCAGAUGUCUCCCUGGAGGAGGACAAGGAGGGCGGGCGGCAGGAGCGUGAGCAGCAGGCCGCCGUCCAACUGGAGAGAGCAAAGACCAAAGCGGUGGCGUUCGCCGUGAGGACCAACGUGAGCUACUGUGGCGCUCUGGACGAGGACGUCCCCGUGGGCGGGACCGCCGUCUCCUUUGAUGCCAAGGACUUCCUCCACAUCAAAGAGAAGUACAACAACGACUGGUGGAUCGGGCGUCUGGUCAAAGAAGGAUGCGACGUGGGCUUCAUUCCCAGUCCUCUCAGGCUGGAGAACAUCCGAGUGCAGCAGGAGCACAAGAGAGGACGCUUCCAUGGGGGCAGCAAGUCCAGCGGGAACUUGUCCUCCAGUCUGGGAGACAUGGUCUCAGGGACCUUCAAGCCCAAUCCUAACAAUGCAGGGAAACACAAACAAAAAGUGGCUGAGCACAUCCCCCCGUAUGACGUGGUGCCCUCCAUGAGGCCCGUGGUCCUGGUGGGGCCGUCCCUGAAGGGUUACGAGGUGACGGACAUGAUGCAGAAGGCACUGUUUGACUUCCUCAAGCACCGGUUUGAUGGCAGGAUCUCCAUCACCAGGGUAACGGCAGACAUAUCGUUGGCCAAGAGGUCAGUACUGAACAACCCCAGUAAGCGGGCCAUCAUUGAGAGGUCCAACGCCCGUUCCAGCCUUGCGGAGGUGCAGAGUGAAAUAGAGCGCAUCUUUGAGCUGGCCCGCUCCUUACAGCUGGUGGUUCUGGACGCCGACACCAUCAACCACCCGGCGCAGCUCCUGAAGACGUCCUUAGCGCCCAUCAUCAUCCACGUCAAAGUGUCCUCGCCCAAGGUCCUCCAGCGUCUAAUCAAGUCUCGAGGCAAAUCUCAAAGCAAACAUCUGAACGUUCAGCUCGUGGCGGCCGAGAAGCUUUCCCAGUGUGCGUCUGAGAUGUUUGACAUCAUCCUGGACGAGAACCAGCUGGAGGACGCCUGCGAGCACCUGGCCGAGUACUUGGAGGCGUACUGGCGGGCCACGCACGCCUCGCUGGGGGCGCCGGUCAACCCCCUGCUGGGACGCAAUCUGGGCUCCACCGCGCUCUCGCCGUAUCCCGCUGCCAUUCAGCAGGGUCAAAGGAACCGGAACAGCAACCACUCCACUCUAGAACUUUCCCCCAUGGAGCGUCGCAGCCUGAUGCCAGCGGACGAGAACUUCCACAACGAGCGGACGAGAAAGAAUCUCAACCGCCUGUCAUCCGGCUCGCAGCACAGCCGGGACCGGGACCACUCGCCUCUGAUGGAGGAAGACCCCUACCAGGACUCUUACAAGCCUCACCGGAAGCGAGACUCUAGACGCAGACUCUGAUUGGCGGUCUGGUUCUCCCUGCUGCUACGCUGACUUGGAUUUGAUCAACUACGAUCAAUAAGGCUCUUGUCCAUGUGCAGCGGGCUCAUGUUCCCUCCAGGACCGUAAAAGAGGAGACUGGACUGAACAUGACCUGCACACACUCCAAAAAACCCCCAUAGUGUGUGUGAAAAGGCAGGACAUGGCAGCACCGUGUUGGUGUUGUUGGGAGCCAGCACGUUGGAGGAGAUCUGCAUGUUGCCAUCCGGUGGCGGGAAUGAGACCAGAACCAGAUUGCAUUUUAAAGUACGUGCAGAACAGGAACUAAAAAAAGGAACCAGGAACUCCCCCAAUGCUAAGAUGUGUGAGUUGAUACACUCCUGAUCCAAAUCUUAAGACCAGUUGCUAGAAUGAUCAUGUUGCACAUUUGGAUCUUAAUGAGGUUCUAAGUAGAGCUACAAUAUGAAAAACAAGAAGGGGGGUGAGACAACAAGUAUUUUGAAAAAGUCAUUGAUUGAAAACAACAAAUAAACUGAAAUAGGCUGUUUAUCAGCUGAUCAAAAGUUUAAGACCAUCGCUCAAAAAAGAACCAAAAACUCUCCAAACCAGAACAACAAAUGUUGUCAGUAGGACUCAGUAAUGAGGAGCUCCACCGUUCUUGUUCAUCACUUCCAAAAUGGCUUUGGGCAUGCUUGAUGCCAGUGUUUCCAGGAGGCUAGUGGGAACAUUGCUCCAAGUGGUGAAGAUGGCUUCACCAAGGGCAUCAACUGUCUGGAACUGAUGGCCAUUUUUAUAAACUUCCCUUGCCAUCCAUCCCCAAAUGUUCUCUAUGGGAUUUAACAUGCAGGAUGGUCCAAAAGAGUGAUGCUAUUCUCCCUGAAGAAGUCCUUGGUCAAGCCAGCAUUGUGACCUGCAGCGUUGUCCUGUUGAAGAACCCAGCUGGUACCACACAGACGAGGGCCCUCGGUCAUGAGGGAUGCCCGCUGCACCAUCUGCACGUAAGUCCCCGCCGUUUGACGACCCCGCACCACCUGAAGCUCCUUUGUUCCACUGAAUGAACCCAGACCAUGAUGGACCCCCCUCCACUGUGCAGGUAGAAAACAUCUCAGGUGGGAUCUCCUUGUCAUGCCAGUAACGCUGGAAGCCAUCUGGACCGUCAAGGUUCCAUUUUAUCUCAUCAGAGAAUAAAACUUUGUUCCACCUUUCAAUGUCCCGUGUUUGAUGCUCCCUGGCAAAGUCUAAAAAGGAGACGAGGUCUUUGAAUUUGUCUUUUGUUUUUUAAAGCCUUUUCCCACAGAUGGCGUCUGAUGGUUAUUGCGCUGCAGUCGGCACCAGUGAGGACCUUCAUGUGGGUGGAAGACCGCCCUGUGUCUUGAUGGACAACCAAUCGGAUCCUCCGGCUCAGCGCAGGUGUGAUGUUUUUGGGUCUACCACUUGAUUUUUUUGUUCCAUGAGCUCAGGAUCCUUCAAAAAUGUAGAAUGACUGAUUUCCUGCUCCCAACCUCAGCAGCCAUGGCACGCUGCGAGAGGCCUUGCUUAUGCAGCUCCACAAUCCCACCACGUUGGAAAAGAGAAAGCUUCUUAGCUUCAGCAUCAGGAGGGCAUGACAGUGGGGACAUUUGGAGCACAUUUGGCCUUUUAUAGCCUGUGGUCUUAAACUUUUGAUCAGCUGAUAAACAGCCUAUUUCAGUUUAUUUGUUGUUUUCAAUAAAUGACUUUUUCAAAGUGCUUGUUGUCUCACCCCCCCUUCUUGUUUUUGCAUAUUGUAGCUCUACUUCAAACCUCAUUAAGAUCCAAAUGAGCAAAAUGAUCAUUCUAGCCAUUUUUCACUGAUCUUGAUCAGGAGUGUAUUUAUGUCUUAAAUGUCAUAUUUUCUCUUAUUACGUCUACUAUAUUGGGUAAUAGGAGUGUAAAUAGGCGUGUUAUCCCAUGCCUAGAGAGCUCAAAUAACGUUAAAAACUGUAUUUAGAAGGUGAUAAACAGGUUUUCUAUUCUCUGACUAUGAAAGUGUUCCAUUUAUAAAGAAGGAAUCCUCCUUUGCGGAAAUUCACUUAUCAUGGUCAGGCCUGGAGCCAAUCAACUAGGACAAACAAGGGAUUACGGUAUUGCCUGUUGGGCCAGCCGGCUGCAAACAUAGCCUGUGUCUUUCUUUGGGUUAAGUUACGACUAAGUAGGUGGCCCGUAUGGGGAUCAAACCCACCACCUUGGCAUUUUUAGCACCACACGCUAACCAACUGAGCUAAGUGGCCUCCUGGUGCUUUAGAAGACACUCCUGAAUGCGUGUGAAAAGGUCGGACAUGGCGACACCGUGUCAGUGUUCUUGGAACCCAGCACGUCGUCGGAACACACCCUAUUCUGUUUUUGUCCAACGUUCCAACAUUCAUCCUCUCCGGACUCCACUUUUGUCUGCAUCAUGAACACCAGCAGGACCAGCAGAACCUCAUCCAGAUGUUUGAGCUGCGUGGAACUAACACUGCACCCUAAAACCUAAGAAUGCUCAUGUAAGCACGUUUUAAUAGCAAGCGCAGCAGCAGUUCACAUUCACAUAUUAUUCACUCACAUAUCAACAAAUAUUAGCGUACCCUAUUUUACUAGGAUUACCAAUAUUUUGAGAAAAAGGUUGAAAUAUCAGAAAUAUGGAUUUUUAUGAGAAUACGUUUUUAAUAUGAUCAGGAUGACGUAAAAGAACAUACGGUAGUUGUACUGUUAAGGGACUGGAGUUGGCAUUUUACCCUCGACCAUACAGUCCUAAUUUCAGUCAUAAAAGUUGUAAUCCUAUCAGAAUAAACUUUAAAACGUUGUCAUUUUGUGAGAAUAAAAUGGUAAUUUACGUGAAUAAAGUUGUAGUAAUAUGACCAAAAAAAAUGCAACAACUUGUCAUUUUUCUGAGAAACAAAUACAUCAUUUUAGGAAACUAAAGUUGGAAUAUUUAUAUAUUCCUUAUACUGUACAUAUAUUCCAAGAAUAAAGUGGGAGUACUCUAUGAGGGGGAACAUGCAUUCAUGUUGUCAACUUGUUGAGAAAACAAUCCAGGAGAAUAAAGUU